AUGUCUAGACACAUUUCAUCCGACCAUUCUCGCUCGGCGUCCAGGUCAUCUCAAAACCCACGGCUGUCUCAAGGGCAAUAUGAAUCGGUAUCUCGUCAAUCCUUCGGUCGCUCAUCGCGCGUCUCCAAUCCCAAUGUCUUCUCCGACGAAUACUCCCUAGAACCUAUCUACGUCGACCAAAUUGAGCGCUCCGCCAGUCCAAUCUCCAUCGCCUCCGCAGACACCUUCACACAACCUACUCCAAAACCCGCGGGCGCGACCGCAGCAGAAACUAAUGAUGAUCCAUUCGCUGAUGAAGCCCGGUCCUCCAUUGACGAAUCCCAUCGAUCCAGCUUACCCCAGAAGGGAGGAUUCGCCAACAACCGCAACUCUGUCACAUCUCUCAACAAUCCCACUUUUGCUGUGCAAAGGAAUCAGAGUGUCUCUUCCCGUUUCUCGAUACCACGCGCCCUUAGUCCCUACACGGGUGCGACCGGCCCUAGCCACCCCUACUCUAUGUACCCUCAGGUCGGUGUCAGUCGCUCCGCAAGUAUAGGAAGUACUUCGACUAUUCGCCCCAUCGAUCGUCCCUUGGGUGAAAAUAGUGGUCCCCAACAUCCUUACGGGAUGUAUAGUCAGAAUGUUGUUGAAGAAGGGAUAGAUGACGAAAUCCCGGUCGGCUUUCCCGGCCUUAACUCACAAUACCAACCACCCCCCAGCCGUCGGAUUGAUGACGUGGGCGAUAUCAUUGGACCAGAUGGACACACUGAACCGUUACCUCCGUAUUCACGUUACCCAACAGGAGCCGUUCCCAAACCAGCUGGUGUGGAGAUGGAGACCAUGAACGACAUGAACAACCCUGUUGUUGAUAUCAACCUACCACCACAGGAAGAACGGCAACUCAGUUCGACUUCGAGGGAGCAGCCAAUCUCAAACACAUCAUCAAGGGCUUUGAUACCUCAGACAUCCACAAAUAGUGAGCCUAAUGCGGCUCCUGUGGUUGCCGGCGCUACGGCUGCUACUGGAGCCACGGGCAUCAUGGCAUUUGAGGAGAAGCUCAAGCGCAAGGGGAAACAGAAAGUAUGCUGUGGUCUUCCUGUCUGGACCAUCGUUCUUAUCGCUACGGUUAUGUUGAUUGGAGGGUCUAUCGGCGGUGUGAUUGGUGGUGUGCUUGGUACGAGAAAGGCCCAGGAGGCUGAUCGCAAGGCACAGCAGGCCCAACAACAACAACAGAGUCCACAUAUCGUGACAGUGACUGCCUCGGCGCAGUUGGACUACUCUUCAAUCACAACCACAAAUACGAACUAUACCCCAGUACCGACCGGCCAUUUUCUGAUCCCUUCCGUUUUGCAGAACUACUCUAGAAUGUGCGUCGAAGAUCAUGAUAUUAAGGAAGUCUGGAGUUGUUUGGAAGAACCUAAGGAUUUCGAGGUCUACGUCGGAAACAUGGAUGGUCAGCAGUCUAUUGUUUUCGCCAGUGAUGACACAACCGCUACCAGCACUUUCUCUUACGGAGCGCAGCAACCGAUUCUUCCUACCCCCACUCAAAAUUUGAGCAUGGUCAUGGAUACUAGUGAUACAGGCCUUGGUCCUGCCUUGUUUUUCUGGUCCUACGUCGACAAACUUGUCAUUCUUCCAGAGUCUGCUUUGGAUUCUAGCUCUGCUUCGAAGAAACGAGAUGUAUCAGAAGACAUUUUGGCAAGUUAUAUGGAACGAAAGGAGGCUGUCCAAUCUGGCGAUAAGCCGUGGUUCUGCUGGUGGAACCAGACCGUCUUGGAGUUUUUCCUCUACGUCAAUCAGUCUGCACAUGAUGCAUCUUUCUCAUCUACUCCCAUCGCUAAUGGGAAUCUUGCAGCCAGUAUGGCCACUGCUCAAGCUAAGGCCAAGCGCGAUGAUGAUGUUGCCAACUACCCCCGAAUCAUCAAGAUGGAAGAACGACGUGAUGAUGCAGGAGCGGCGUCGCCAUAUUGUCAACAGAUGCAGCUGGAGAGCAAUGGCCACAUUCAGGCCAUUCCAAAUAAGGUGGUCUCAGUCCAAGAGGUUCAGCCUACGCCGACUACUACCUACACCAACACCGCCUCUGGCUCUGGUCAGACAUACACCGCCAAAGCAACAUGGGCAACACCAUGUUACUGUCUGUCCCUGUCUGAUUAG